AUGGCAACCGUUGAAGCAGCAAUGCUUGAGACAAGGACACUCUUUGGCGGUGCUUUUCAGAUUCUGCUCCCUAACAGCUUUAAGGACGUAAGCACUUUCCGUCAAGUGCCGGACAACCAGGAAGUUUUUGUGAACGACGAAAACGACGAAAGCCUCUCUAUUGAUAUUCUUGAUGCCGUAGACUCAACAUCCCCCGAGGAAGCAGCCCGGUAA